CGCUUGCCCUCAACAAAGAUGGCGACACCACUUCCUGUUUGGGGCUUUCGCCUUCAACAAAGAUGGUGCUUAUGGUACAGGUUCCCUAACAGUCUGGAUUCCGGUUGCAGUUUUUCCCUCCCUCCCAAAGAUACGUGGUUGCAGACGGAGAAAUGGACUCCAGAGACAGACAAGUGCUUCGCUCACUUCGCCUGGAGCUGGGUGCAGAGGUUUUGGUAGAGGGACUGGUUCUUCAGUACCUUUACCAAGAAGGAAUCUUGACAGAAAACCACGUUCAAGAAAUCCAAGCUCAAGCCACAGGCCUCCGGAAAACAAUGUUGCUACUGGAUAUCCUACCUUCCAGGGGUCCCAAAGCAUUCAACGCAUUCCUAGAUUCCCUCCAGGAAUUUCCCUGGGUAAGGGAGAAGCUGGAGAAGGCAAGGGAAAAAGCCAUAACUGAGCUGCCUGCAGAGCCCUCUAGGUUCAUCCUGCCAAGUUCAUCCAAUCUUAGGGGCUUUGUACUUGUUGUUUCCUCUUUCUGGAACACUCUGCCCCUAGAUCUUUAUGUGUCUGGCUCUUCAUUCAAGCCCCAGCCCAGAUGACCUCAGAGAGACCUUUUGUGACCUCCCAGACUCUAGAGGUACUCUCUCUGUCUCAGAGUUUCUCUGUUCUGUUCUUUCUAGCACUGAACUGUUCUUUCUCAGUUGUCCCAUGUAGAAAGAGGGACUGAUAAAUAACAGCACAUACUUCAUAGAGUUGUUAUGAGGAUUAAAUUAGUUAAUAUUUAGAAGGGUAUCUGGUGCAGGCUAUGCUCUCAAAUGUCAGCUUUAUUAUUAUAUCACUCUCUACUACCUGUAAUUGUUCUACUUAAUUAUACUAUUAAUAGUUUAUUGUCUUCACCCAUUGCUAGAGUAUCAACUCUUUGCCAGCAAGGACGGCCUUUGCCUAUCUUGUUCACAUCUCACCUGUAUUACCUGUGUGUUGUCAUAUAUAGUAGGUCCUCAACAAGUACUUGUAAAAUCAAUAAGUGAAAGGCAGGAGUGGUCAUACUGAACAGGCUAUAAAAAUAAUUGGUGAGAUGAAAUUAAAGCUUAAGAAAGUUGAAUGCAUUAUAAAAGAUUGUUUAGUUCAAAAUGGGUUUAGGAUUUUUGAUUCAGAAGAAUUCUGUUCUAGGACAUUGAAAGAGCUUGGGGAUAAUUUAUUGUUAAUUUUUAUUUUUAUGGAAUUUUGAAGAGUGGGAAAAUGUUAGAAUUAUGAAGACAGGUAAAUGCAAUUCUGAUUUUCAGAAGUGAGGAAUAUGGGUUUAAAAACUGUAGACUAGGAGCUCUAUGCUGCUUGUGGGAAGAAUUCUAGAAUGGAUUUUCAAAAGGCUGGUUUGUGAAUGCUUAGAAAGGUAUUAUUUAGUGGGAAAAUGGGGCACCCUUAGAGAAAAGAGGCCUGGAGAAACUAAUUGAUUUUUUUUCCAGGUCACCACUGAGUUUUGAAGCAGAACCAAGAUGAGAAUAAAGACUUCCCAAUUCCAGACCAGUAUUCUUUCUGUUCCAAUAGUGUUUUCAAUCUGGGAUCUUACAGCUUCUCAAAGUCAAUGUAAAAUAGAACCUUUUUUGUGUGUGUUUUUAUUUUGGAGAUAAGUAAAAGAAAAAAAAGUCACUUUUGAAACAUUUCUCAGUUGGAGUACAUUGACCCUUGAGAGUUGAAGGACAUAUUCUUUGCGGACCAUGAGAUUUAAUUCUCCCUCCCAUCACUUUAAAAGAGGUCUGUGCAGUACUCUAGAUUCAGAAACUUGGCAUCAUGAUAUUUUGCCAAUUUAUCUGAUUAAUGGUGCCUUUUGUCUGUCUGCAGAAAACACCAUGUGUUCUUCCAUUAGACCCGUGCUGUCCAAUAUGGUAGCCUCUGGCCACAUAUGGCCAUUGAGCAGUGAAAAUGUGACUCCUUUAAAUUGAUAUGUGCUAAAGUGUAAUACAGUAUAAUAUAUUUUAUGUAGCUUAAUAUAUCAAAAAUAUUAUUUCAAUAGAUACUCAAAUUAUGAGCUAUCUAUAUUCUUUUUUCAUAUUAAGCCUUUGAAAUCCAGUGUAUAUGUAUAUAGUCAGCCCUCCAUGUCUACAGGUUCUGUACAGCUGAUUCUAUAUCUAUGGAUUCAACCAAUCUCAGAUUGAAAAUAUUUUUAUGCAUAAAUAACACAAUAAAAAAAAUUUAAA